GAACCGCAUCCUCUCGACCGUCCAGUUUAUCACUCACGACAGAAUAUCGACAAUAUGGCGCCCGCAGCAUCCUCCGGCGGCAAGAAGCAGAAGAAGAAGUGGUCCAAGGGAAAGGUCAAGGACAAGGCCAACCACGCAGUCGUUCUCGACAAAGCCACCUCAGACAAACUCAACAAGGAUGUUCAGUCAUACCGUCUCGUUACCGUCGCUGUGCUCGUGGACAGACUCAAGAUCAACGGUUCAUUAGCACGAAAGGCUCUCGCCGACCUUGAGGACCGAGGUGUUAUUCGCAAGGUGGUCUCGCAUUCCAAGGGCAGCAUCUACACCAGAGCGGCUGCUGGUAGCGAUUAAGUGGACGAUUCAUGUCGAUCAAUAUGUUUUCACUCGGAAACUCCCCAAAAAACAUGAGCGCAGGAACACAGUGAAGGAGGCAGUAGACAGCCACAAAUUACCACGGCUUCAAUGCAUUGGUUGCUCUAUUAGUAUCAACUGCGUGAGCUGAUUGUUCACGAGAUCUUCAAUGGACCGGUUUACCUGAGGCUUCAGGUUGUUGAUGCGUUUUCUGGUUCUUCCUUUUAGGCCGACCCUUCAUCGCCUGCUUACACAACUCAGGUGGUGGACCAUCGUAUCGUGGCACAGCUUCUAGUUUACCAACUUCGAAGUAUUUCUUGUGAUUCUGGUAGAACUUUUCCCACUUCUCGACUUCCUGUUGUACUUUGGUUCUAGCCUU